AUGGUUGGAAUAAAACUGAAGCGUUCUCCGCAAGACGAGAGGCUAAUCGAAGCCAUCUUCCAAACGAACAUGCCCACUAUUGCUGGACAAACAGUCUACGGAUCAACACAACGCAAUCUGAUCGUAGACGCACGUCCAACUGCAAAUGCCAUGGCCAACAGAGCAAUGGGUGCAGGAACCGAGCAUAUGGAGAAUUAUAAAAAUUGCCAGAAACAGCACAUGGGAAUCGAUAAUAUUCAUGUGAUGAGAGAAUCGCUGGCGAAGAUGGUUGAUGGUAGACUUGUUAAUGUCAGGAUUUUUGUUGGGGACAGCAAAGUAGAAACUAGAGCUUUGGGAGUUUCCUUUUUGUUAAUCCAAUCGUCCGAUAUCCAGCAAAUCCCAAUAAAACCUUCUCUCUUGGACAAAUCCAACUGGCUCAAGCACAUAAGUACCCUCCUCGAAUCAGCCGUGAUCAUAAUUAAUCAUAUCCACGUUUUCAACUCACACGUACUAGUCCAUUGCUCAGACGGAUGGGAUCGCACGGCACAAUUGACAUCCAUAGCUGAACUUUGUCUCGACCCUUACUAUCGUACACUUCGUGGAUUCCAAGUACUCGUCGAAAAAGACUGGGUAUCGUUCGGCCACAAGUUCAGUGAUCGCUCAGGGCACCUGUCGAAUGAGAAAUACUUUAUCACAAUAUCAAGCAACAAUGCCAAGAAUGCAGUGAUGUCAAUGAAUAAUUUGUAUAAUCAAUCACACGUUAGAGAAACCUCACCAGUGUUUCACCAAUUUCUAGAUUGCGUUUAUCAGUUGUUGUGUCAGUUUCCAGAUAGGUUUGGGUUCAAUGAGAAGUUUCUGAUUGAAUUGCAUUAUCACGUGUAUUCAUGUCAGUUUGGGACAUUUUUGUUUAACUCGGAAAAGGAGCGGGUACAGUAUAAUGUGGUAGCAUCCACCAAUUCGUUGUGGGAUUAUAUCAACUCAAAAGCAGAAGAGUUUACGAAUGAAUCGUAUGAUGGAGGAGCCAAGGAUCAGGAACUGAUGGGUGACGGAGCAGUAUUAUUUCCCAAGACAAAGACAAGUGAUUUGAAGUAUUGGGCCGGGUUGUUUGGUAAGAAGGAUGAGGAAUUGAACGGUAAUAAUGACGAUACUCUGGAUGAUAGAUUCGAUAAUAAGCCAAGAUGGAGAUCGGAGAGCCCGAUACCUCGUUCAUCAUCUAGUCCGAAUGUAAUGAGCGAGGCAUUUGGUGCACACGAAAAUAACGGUCUAAGCGGGAGUGGUAGCCUGCACAUAAAGCCCUCUUCGUUGUUACCAUAUCAGUUAUAUGAUCCAUGGAGAGAUAAUGAAUCCGAAAGGAAAAUACGGCACAAGUCAAGUGGCAGUGAUCUUAACGCCAAAGAAUUAGUGCAGAACUUUGCUAGAGUUACAUUCAAUUGGGGCUCGGCAGCUUAUUCUAAUUUAACUGCCAAAGUCAGCGGAGAUACAGGAACUGUUGAGGCUGCUGCAGAAAACAAGAGACGAUCGAUAGCAAUCAAUGGAAAACCGAACGAGUCAACGGGAAGCAAUGUUCCGGAAAAUGGAUCAAUGCGAGAACUGACAUCGCUUACAGCAACAAACACUCUGGAUGCAGGUGACUCCCCAAGUAGAUCGUCAUCUUCAUCCUACUCUCCUCCAUCAUCUCCAUUGUCGCCUACAUCAGUAGUGCCAUCUCCUCUCAACACAUCUCCCUCCUCAUCCAAUACUUUUUCUUUCCAAUCACUAUCGACACCAUCAACUCCAACGAUCCGGCCCUGGCAAGCUAUAUCUAACGCAUUCUCGUCAUUAUCAUCUUCGACACCAUCGAAUUCGGCCUUGUCGAGAGACGGUCACAGUUCGUAUCCGCCAGAAGGGAGAUCAGGGAAUGGCGCGAGCACUACGCCACCUUCAUCGCCAAGGUUGAGAUCGGCAAUAAGCGAGAGCAGGGUGCGAUCGAACUCAUCAUCACCUUUGGCCACGCCACCAAUUACAAGCUUUGGAGGAAUUUGGGGAGAUGAUGAAGAGAAAGGAGAGAAAGGCGGAGGAAACGAUAGGGGGAAGGAUGGGGAUGUUGGGGGGAAUGGGAGCACAGGCGGUGCUAGGAGGAAGGUAUCGCUUACAGAGCCAGUGCCUACAAUGACUAACACGGAAAACUUACCUCACCCUUUGUAUAUGAGUGAGUGA